AUUAGGGUUUCUUUCUUUUCUCCUGUCUCGUCUCUCUGCUCGGUUGCUGAAACAAGUUCUAAUUUCGAGUUUUCGUUCUUCAGCGCCGCCGAGAAGAGAGCAGAGCUAAGCUAUGACGACGAUUGUUCCCACUUCCGAAGAAGAUCCGUUUCUCGCUGUUGUCCGAUCCACUUCCCAGCUCGCCUGGGCUGAUGCUGGUCCCGAGGCUGCAGAGCCAGAAAUUACCAGGCUAUGUAGGGAGGCUGAGGAGUCAAUAGUAGCAGGAAAAUGGUUGGAAUUAGCUUCGUUAAUGGUAACUUCAGCUGAAUUGGUAUCUUCCAAGAUACCUGAGAAAGAUCUUGAGUGUACCUACACCAUCAUUUGCAGCCUUGUCAAGAAUGCGAAUAACCUGGAGGAUGUCCUUGAAAUGGUGAAAGUGAUAUCUUCUAAGGUUGUUCAACAACCGAAUGACAAAGCUUCACUUCGUUUGAAGAUCCUCUUCAAUCUCUACAACCUUCUGGACCACCCGUAUGCUCGUUUCCAAGUAUACAUGAAAGCUCUAACACUGGCUGUUGACGGGAAGGUUAUUGAGUACAUUGUUCCUUCUUUUAAGAAGAUCGAUAACUUCUUGAAAGAGUGGAAUAUUGACUCUAAAGAUCAGAGGGAACUCUUCCUCGCCAUUGCUAAUGUGCUGAGAGAAAACAAAAGCUUGGUGAAAGAAUCCCUCAAGUUCUUGACGAAGUACCUAGCGACUUUCUCCAAUGAUGAUGCUCAGGUCCUGGAUGAAGCUAAGGAGGUGGCUGUACGUGCAGUUACCGAAUUUGUUAAGGCUUCAAGUAUCUUCCAGUGUGAUUUACUGGACUUGCCCGCCGUAGCACAAUUGGAGAAGGAUACUAAAUAUGAACCGGUUUACCAGCUACUGAAGAUCUUUCUUACUCAGAGACUGAAUGCCUUCAUGGAAUUUAAAAAUGCAAAUUCGGGAUUUCUGGAAAGCUAUGGACUUGUCGAUGAAGAUUGUGUAACGAAGAUGAGAUUGUUGUCACUAGUGGACUUGGCAUCGGAUGAAUCUGGCAAAAUACCUUAUACCUUAAUCAAAGACACUCUACAGGUAAACGAAGAGGAGGUGGAGUUAUGGAUUGUGAAGGCAAUUACUGCGAAAUUGAUUGAUUGUAAGAUGGAUCAGAUGAACCAAGUUGUAAUUGUCAGCCGCUGUUCGGAGCGCGAAUUCGGGUCAAAGCAAUGGCAGUCACUUCGAACAAAGCUUGCGACAUGGCGGGAUAACAUUGCAAACAUCAUAAGUACAAUUGAAGCGAACAAGGUAACGGAGGAGGGUUCUCAGGCAUCAUCAUCAUCUGCUGCAGCAAUUCAAGGAUUGAGUGUUCGUUGAAAAGCUAUCAAGAUAGAAGAAAAACCAUUUUCAUCUCCAGAAAAGCUCUCAAAGCUAUAACCGACGUUAAAGAUCUUUUGUCUUCUUAAAAGCUUUCUUCUCUUUGUAUUUGCUGGCAGAGUUUUUUAAUCGUUGAAUCCUUUUUUGUCCCUGAAACAAUGCGGAGACUUUUGCUAUACAUUAUUUUUCGCUUAAUAACGAUUCUUAUUUUGAGAAUACA